AUGGAGCGCAAAGCGCUGACUAUUGUAAUCGUCUGUGUUGUUUUAGUGGUUUGCGUCGCUGCUGGUCUAAUCGUCUAUUUUGCAACACGAAAUGAUUCUGAUCCACUAAUCGAUUCAAUUUCAGACCUCGGUCGAUUCGAUUGUUUUCCUGAGCCCAAUGCGGACCAAUCCAAAUGCGAAAAACGUGGCUGUAUUUGGAAAGAAUCAUUAACCGCUAACGUGCCGUGGUGUUAUUACCCGUCUGUGUACGGGUAUAAAAUCACGGGAAAGCCGAUGGCGUCCACGCUAGGUACGACUAUUAAUGUGCAGUGGAUUGAUGACAUCCCUAAACGUUAUUCUGAUGACGUGAGUACGACCAUCGAAAAGUUACGUGUUGACAUCGAACAUCAAACAGACACCAGACUGCGAAUCAAGAUAUAUGACGCGAGUAAGACUCGGUUUGAAGUACCAUUACAGCUACCAAAAGUGACAGAGAAAGCUGACAAUCCACUCUAUGACGUCACGUACACAGACUCUCCGUUCAGUUUUCAGAUCACGAGGGUUGAUACAGGAACCGUUAUCUUUGAUACGUCAGUUGGUGGUUUCACGUUUAUUGACAAAUUCAUUCAGAUAUCCACUAAGCUCCCAUCCAGUAACGUGUACGGAUUUGGUGAACAUAACCAUCGUCAGUAUCGGCAUAAUUUAGACUGGAAAACUUGGGCCAUCUUCACUCGUGACGUAGCGCCAGUGGAUGAAUGGAAUCUCUACGGAGCCCAACCACUUCAUAUGUGUAUCGAAGACGACGGAAAUGCUCAUGGAGUUCUCUUACUAAACUCUAACGCAAUGGAUAUAGUUCUACAACCAACACCAGCUUUAACAUAUCGUACAAUUGGCGGUAUUCUCGAUUUCUAUUUUUUUCUUGGACCGUCACCCGAAGACAUUGUUAAUCAAUACACAGUCGAGUUUACAGGUCCACCGAUGAUGCCGCCCUACUGGGCCUUGGGAUUUCAAUUAUGUAAAUGGGGUUACGAAAGUCUGGAUGAAGUUAAGGGUAUCGUAGAAGACAUGAGGACGCAUAGAAUCCCGCAUGUGUGGCCAGGGAAGACGUACUAUCCGGAUUUCACAAACCCCGUUACUCAGACUUGGUGGACUAAUCACUGUAAGGACUUCCACGAUGAUGUUCCUUAUGACGCACUAUGGAUUGAUAUGAACGAGCCCUCGAAUUUUGUCCCAGGUUCCACAUCAAACCCUUCAUGUAAUAAAAACUCAUUCAACUUUCCUCCAUAUCUACCAAGAAUUCUCGGUAAUUUGAUGUAUGAUAAAACCAUAUGCAUGGACUCUGUUCAACAUUCGGGUUUGCACUAUGACUUACACAGCUUGUAUGGACACAGCAUGUCAGUCAUGACAUUUGAAACCCUGAAGACAAUCUUUCCUAAUAAACGCAGCAUGGUGUUAACUCGAUCCCAGUUUGCGGGAACUGGUCACUUUUCCGGUCAUUGGCUGGGCGAUAAUCAAAGCCAAUGGCGACAGAUACCAUGGUCCGUUGUAGGAAUGUUGGAAUAUGCUUUAUUUGGGUUUCCUUACAUUGGUGCCGAUAUUUGUGGAUUUUGGUACAACACCACAGAAUCAAUGUGUCAGCGAUGGCAGCAACUCGGAGCAUUCUAUCCAUAUUCCAGGAACCAUAAUGCAGACGGCUGGACGGGGGAAGAAAUUCCAGAAUCAAAUCGUGGCAAGACGGUGACGCUGGAUGCACCAAUGGACUAUAUUCCAUUACAUUUGCGUGGUGGUUACAUCCUACCAACACAGGAACCAGACAUUACCACAACCCAGAGUCGUCUUAACUCAUUUGGACUGGUUGUGGCAUUGGGAGACGACGAUACUGCUAUCGGAAAUAUGUUUUGGGAUGACGGAGAAUCACGAGAUACUAUUGAUAACGGACAAUACACAUUGCUUUCCUUUGCCGCCACCAAGGAUGCUGUCACAGUCGACGCAUAUUUCCCGAAUCAUCGCUGGUAUGACUAUCACACGGGGGGAGAAAUUCCAGAAUCAAAUCGUGGCAAGACGGUGACGCUGGAUGCACCAAUGGACUAUAUUCCAUUACAUUUGCGUGGUGGUUACAUCCUACCAACACAAGAACCAAACAUUACCACAGUCCUGAGUCGCUUUAACUCAUUUGGACUGGUUGUGGCGUUGGGAGAAGACGAUACUGCUAUCGGAAAUAUGUUUUGGGAUGACGGAGAAUCACGAGGUAACGUACAAUACUACUUCAGUGUAACUAGUGGAUAUUACUAUAGCGAUAUAUUGUUACAAACUAUAAUGACAAUGAAACAUUGUGUUCUUCCAGAUACUAUUGAUAACGGACAAUACACAUUGCUUUCCUUUGCCGCCACCAAGACCAGCGUGACCAUACAGGUGAACAAAUCGACAUAUACGACGGGUCUUACUGGCCUCAGCUGGGACAUUCUCAGAUUGUUUGGUCUACAAGACAAACCGACUGAAGUUGUUGCUGACGGUGUCUCAGUGGCGUUUGAAUAUAAUUCAGAAUUAAAGGUACUAACAGUGAGCACUCUAAGAAUGCGAGAUAUCAGUGUGAAUCAUCAAGUCACGUGGUCGUAA